CAGUAAGAACUUUGAUCUCCUCUGGGUUUGAUUGUUUCCACUCUCGUUCAUCUGCACUCUCAUAAAACAUACAUAGCAAGCCUGUAGCAGGUAACGAAGGAUUCUCUCGUCACACCGACAAUAUAUGAUUUGCUUGCUAAAUGAUGCUUUAAAAAGUCAAGUUUCCAAAUAUUACUCCACUUCUUCCCACUUGCAAUUUCUCCAGCAGUUUUGUGUCCUGACAAUACACGCAGUGUUGCUCACUGACAGCUCGAGGAAGGGGAGCAUAGGUUCGAGAGCGAACAGCAUCACGUCCAACACGGGUUCCACCAGUGCCUCCUCCGUUCCAAACACAGCUGUGUGCAUGUCAGACAAUAAUUGUUCUCCAACUACAGAUGACGAAGACAGUGAUUACAGACAGGAGCCUACGUAUAAAGAGACGUACAAAGAUCGGCGAAGACAAGCCCACACACAGGCUGAGCAAAAGAGACGGAAUGCUAUCAAGAAAGGAUAUGAUGAUUUACAGUCAAUCGUCCCCACUUGCCAACAGCAAGAUUCGUUAAUUGGAUCGCAGAAACUCAGCAAAGCCACAGUUCUUCAGAAAACUAUCGAUUACAUCCAGUUCCUGCACAAGGAGAAGAAGAAGCAAGACGAAGAGCUCUCCACUCUGCGGAAAGACGUCAUGGCUCUGAAGAUCAUGAAGACGAAUUACGAACAGAUUGUCAAAGCCCAUCAGAAUAAUCCUCAACAAGGCAAAGACCAAGUAACUGAUCAGGUCAAAUUCAGUAUAUUUCAAAAUAUCAUGGACACGUUGUUCCAGUCCUUCGAUGCGUGCGUCCCUGUGACCAGCUUUCAGGAAUUAUCCGCCUGCGUUUUCACCUGGAUUGAGGAACACUGCAAACCACAGACUCUGCGGAAGAUCGUGGUCGGUGUGCUGCGGCAACUAAACGGUCAGCUACACUGAGUCCUCGAGCACGUUUCGCAGUGGUGGACUGGGAGCGGUUUCCCAGGAGCAGUGUACAGACUGUGUCCGUUGUCAGCCUUAAACAAUGAUACGGAACCGGGAUGUGAUUGUUUUUCCAUUUCGGUGUCCUGACAGGAUUCAGGUUAAGGGCACCGAUCGGACGAGCAACCACCAACCAUUUCAUCAGUGACUGAAACUUUCUUGCUUUCAAUGUUUAACCUUAUUUACAAUCUAGAAGGCAGGAAGCGGUGCGAUUUUGCCGAACACAGUGAUUUCUGUUCAAGUACAUCCAGCAUUCAAGCCAGCACACUGUGCGAUGAACUGUUAGUAUUCACAAAACUUUUUAAAUUUCACUUUUGUCCACUGUUUAUUGCUGCUUAAUGUUGUGAAACAAAAGGAAUUCUGAGAUUUGUCAAAAAAAAAUUACGUUUUGUCAGCGACCAGGAGCUUCAACGACUAAUGCUAUUUAUUUAUUAAACAUUUCAAUUCCUUCCAGAAUAAAUAUUGUUUGCCCA